UAUUGGUGCUGCCGGCGGAGAUAGCUUGCCAGUAUUUUCCCCACGCAAGGUAGAAGAAGCAAGACGAGGAGGAUUUGGAGUUCUUGGCCAAGAUUCGUGAGAUUUUUUAUUCGAGAGAUCCACAAACAAUGCAGUCGCUCCAAGACCGAGCGUCGGCGUUGAAUGGAGUGAGUCAAGACGAUGAUGCAUUCGAGAUUGAUGAGAUCAAUCUCGACAAGAAGCUGGGACACGAGACCUUUGUCAAGCUCUCCACGAAUUUUUACAGCAGGGUCUAUGCCCAUGAUAUCCAGAGAAUGGGAGGCCCUCCAUUAUAUUCUCGCCGCAAAGGACAUCCUGCUUUGAUCGGCCGCCAUGGACUGUAUCCAGUGACCGAGCGAGAGCGGAAAGAUGGAUCAAGCAUAUGAUCGCAGCUCUCGACAGCGUGGAAGAAAUCUGCGGAUUCAAAGAAACGAAUGCUCAAGUUUUUCUGGCACACUGAGUUUUUUCCGUUGGCUAAUCGCCGAGGAUAAAGAACAGGUUUUCUUUAUAAACUCGGGGCUAACGAGCCAUUGUUUUACAUCUGUUCUUCUCUACAGUAGAACACCGGGCACCGGGAAUCAAUGAAUGAAGAAGUGAUUUACUUGCCAAACGACAGGGAAAGUCGUGCCACUCGUGGGAUUCAACUUCAGAGGAACUUGUGUUGAGGCCAGAGUUCAGAGGAACUUGCGUUGACGCCAGAGAAAGAGGGGCUCUCAGCAACAGUGUUUUCGCGAUCGUUCAACCAGUAUGGCGAUCGACGAGCUCAAAGUUUCUUGCAGGAGGCCUCAUAUUGUAGCGGUGGCUCAUCUCUCGCAGGGUCACAUUAGUUCUCUCAUUCACUUCUGCCUCAAGCUCGCUCACCACGGGAUCCUGGUAACGUUCGUGACGAUCCACGUCGACGGGCUUCUGGGAAUGGGGCAAAGGAAAGAUCCAGAGGUUCCAGAGCAGUGGAAGAACAACUUUAACUUCGAGCGCCUCGAGCUGGAGCUCCCGAAAGGGACGGGUGGAUUUGCCAAGUUCUUCGCGAUGAUCGAAGAGCUCGGAGGCCCUUUCGAGGAGCUCCACUCUCGAGAAGAGAUACCAAAGGUAAGUUGUACUUGGCAUCUUAAUUAGGUUUCUACAUGAGGGGUUAAAAGUUUAGGGCAUUCAUGGAGAGAGCAGAGGCUGCGAGGAAACGGCGGCGCGUAGCCGGGUAUGAUACAGGGGAAUCCUGGCAGCAGAUCAAGGCGCUAAAUUGCAAGGAUCUACUCAAUCCCAACCAGGUGACCAUAGUUCCUUGCAUGGGCACUUGUAAUCGAGGCUCUUUUCUUUUCGUGGGGUCACCGGACAUGGAUGAAUUGCUGUGGCACUGCCUGUCUCUCGAACCCGGGCAAGAGCUUGUUGUUGUCGGUCCCAAGGGCACCGGCAAAAGCUGCCGGUUAAGGGCAAUGGCUGCCGCGCUCUAUGCGCGUGGUCCGGAGAAAAGUGUGAUCGUUUGCGUGUGGAACUUGGAGAGGGCCAGCUCGCCGACUGUGUUGCUGCGAUGGCUACUUGAUGGGCUAUGCUUUGCAUACUCGGGCGCGGACGAGCACAAGCCGGUUCUCGAGGCUCUCGAGGCUCUCUGGAGGGUGGGCGUGAGCGUAGCGAGGCUUCAAGAGUUUCUCAGGGAGAGGGCAGCCGCUGGUGACGAUUUUACAUUCGUUGCUGACGGUGCGGAGGCUCUGGGUACUCGCGAUUACAGGGGCAUAAAAAAAGUGGACUGUAAAGAGAUGAAAGAUACCUUGUUGACGCUCGAAGCCAUCGUUUCUCCUUACAAAAUCGUGUGGGGCGUGUCCCCGGAAGCGCGCCAGGCAGAGGCUGCCGACUCGGAGCGAGUAGCGAUCUAUUGUGUUGGAGGUUUUACCAAGGAACAAAGAGAGGUGUUUCUUCGUCACUCCAUGCUGGGAGCCGUCGUAACUGGUGAUAUGCAGCGGACCAAGGACAUGGAUUUGUUGGCUGGUUUCCAUCCCCAGUUUCUGGAUGAGCUGGAUGGGGCUUGCAUGGAGAUAGCUCGGAUCAAGCAGGCAGGCGGACGCAAAUCAAGACUGUUGUGGGGCGACACCGUGAGACUUGCUCCACCAGUUGAGUUGGAGCCACAUGAAGUCUCUUUACUUUUGAAAGAUGAGGAAGAUUGGCAGAGGGUGCUCCUGGAGUUUAUCAACGGACGAACAAUGUCUUUCAUCCGCAGAUCAGUGCGAGAAGUCGUCCGAAUAUUGGACAAUGCAGAAGUUAUAUGCAACUUCCAUCAGAAAACGCAAACGAUAGAUAAGGAUCCAAGGUACUCCAUAUCAAAGCACGAGUUCUGCUCCUGUUUUGUGGAGCAGAUCUACAUGGAGGAGUUUCAAAAGGCACGAAGCUGUCGUCAGCAGGAGCAUGCAGCAUGGUGGAAUACGUGUGACUGGCCAACAAGAUUUUAAGGCAAGAACUCUAGUGCAUGAUGGAGGAAUGUAUUUGCUAGAAGAGCUUUUUAAAAUAAAUAGUGUAAGGUUUGUAAAUACAUAUAAGUAAUACAUUAAUUAUAGUAUUAAAGCA